AUGAGUGACGACAUAAUUGAAAUUACAGCUCCUGAAGCUUUACUCGACUCAAAUUUGAAGUUUCCGAAAGAAGUUCCGUUCGUCAAGCACCUUACGGUGACCCGUGAGCGAUGCGUAAAUCCGACCUUAGUUGACUCAUUUCUCAGGUUGCUGAGAUAUGGAAGCGAUGAUAGUAUGAGACAAAGACUCAGUGCAUACCACAACUACGAGAAAGAAGGGCGUUAUAAUGAGAAGAAAUGCGACAAGUUUCUGACCGAAGAGUUGUACCCUAACUGGCACUCAAGGGAUCGGGUCAUAGGCUUCUGCAAUGGCCAACUUGGGCAGAUGAAGACUGAACUCGAUCAGAGGUAUGGCCAAGACCCUGCUACGUUCGUUAGAGCCGAGGUCGAUCUUCGAUUGGAUCCAUAUGCCGCUAGAGACCGAGCACAGGAACAGGAAGAUCAUUACAAGCAAUGGAAAAGACUAAACAACUGGGUUGAAAACCAGAAGAGGAUUGAAUCCAUUCUGCGAACCAACAGUAAUCGAGUGUUGAGACAAAACUGCGAUCAAAAUGCGGAUUAUUUGGAAGAUUUCUGGAACUUCCAGCAUAAUCACAGAACAUGA